AUGGUUACUCAAUUAACAAAAAAUGCUAUUGAUUCUCUAAUAAAUAGCACUAAUCCUGAUGAAUAGUAUGUUAUUCAAGUUUUAAAAGCUCCUCAAUCUGUUGCUGAAAAUCUUUUCAAGAUUUGCAUUUCUGAUGGCUUUUGCAAAUUCAAGAAAGGAUAUUUCGUUAGUGAUGCUGCUACCAAAUGCCAAGAUUUGAAGGAUCUCUGUAUUAUCAAAUGCAAAAAAUAUAUUGAUGACUCAAACCACGAUAAGGAAAGAAUUAUUAUCUCUAACUACGAAUUAAUAUAUUCUAAUAUCUAAGAGCAAAUUGGAAAACCAAUCGAAUACAAAUAAUACAAGUCAAGUGGAUUCUCUAAUCCAGAAGGAUCAACUGUAAUUCCCUCAUAAUACUUGAGCAGAAACGCUUAAAUACUUCAAUAAAAUUAAGUUUCUUAACCUAAGCAAAUGGUAACUCCUCCAGUUAGCAACAUAAAUAAGCCUACUCCUGCUGUAAAUAACACAUUUGCUUAAAAACCAGCAGUUACAAACUAAAACAUUUAAAGAGUAAACUAGAAUCCAUAACAAAUGAACAAAACUGCACCUGUAAAGCAAAAUAAUAAUAAUAACAAUAAUAACAAUGGCAACAACAAAAAUAAUUCUAGUUUGUAGAUUUCUACUGAUGGAGAUGAGUAAAAUUUGGAAUACAUUAGAAACUUAUAGCCAAAUGGUUAACCAUAAACAAUCAAAGUUAGAAUCACCAAAAAGGGUGAUUUGAAAAGCUUUAAGGAAAAGUAAGGAAAACUCUUUUCAAUAGAUGUUAUUGAUAAGUUUGGAGACGAAUGUAGUAUUUCUUUCUUCAACGAAAUAGCUGAAUAGUAUGAUGGCUUAUUUAAAGUAGGUUAAGUUAUAGUCUUGAAAUAAUUUUCAGUGAAAGUCAACAAUAAUCAUCAAUACAAUAAGGGAGAUCACACUGUAACUGUCAAUAAAGAGAGUAAAAUAUUGAUAUGUCAAGAAGAUCCAUCUAUUCCUAUGAUCAAAUUAAAUAGAUAAUUCAUUUAAGAUAUGUAGAAUAAAUAGAAAGGAGAUUUAAUCGAUUUGAUUGUUGUUGUAAAGGCAGACACAGAAGUUAAAACCAUGAUCUUAAAGAAAGAUAAUUAAUAAUAAUCUAAAAGAGACAUAAUAUCAUUUGAUGAAUCUCUAAUUGAAACAGAAAUCACACUCUGGGGAGAAACUGCUAAAGACUAUGAUGCAAAGUAGGGAGAUAUCAUUGUAUUUAAAGAUGCCAAAAUAGGUGAAUUUAAAGAUAAAAAGUAAAUUAAUAUCGGAUAUGGAACAUAAAUCUUCAUGAAUCCAGAUGAAUAACUCUUCCCAUAGAUCCAUGAUGUCAAAAAAUGGUACCUAAGCUUAAAUUCCGACUAAUUAAGCACUAUUCAAAAGGCAUAAGGAAAUGAUACUGGUCCUAGAGAAGUAACUAGCUUUGAAUCUUCUCUAAACAUUUUGAAAGAAGAAAUUAAAAACCUUUAAACUGACCCAGAAAUGAAAAUUUGGAAAGAAAUUCGUGGUUAAAUUAUGUACAUUAAAGAUACUCCUCUUUAUUAUAAUGCUUGUUUUAGUUGCAAAAAGAAAAUCGCACGUAAUAACGAAGUAUGGACUUGCAUAAAUUGCAAUAAAGAUUUUAAUGAACCUGACUCUAGAUAUAUUCUCUCCCUCAAUAUAAGUGACUCUACAGAUACUAUUUGGGUAAGUGCAUUCGAUGAAGUAGGUCAAAAAAUUCUUGGUAAAUUUAUUUUUUAAAAGUUAAACUAAGUUAAUUUAUUUUUAUCAUAUUUAAUUAACUUAUUAAUUAAACAGGUGUUAAGGGUGAUGUAUUUAGAUAUGCUGAUGAAGAUACAGAACACGGUACAGAAACAAAAAAGAAAUUGCUUAUGGCUGCCUAAAAUAAGGAAUAUAGAUUCCUGUUACUUACUAAAUAAGAAAGAGACUAAAAUGGCAACGCCAGAGAUAAGACAGUUAUUCAUGCUAUAAAAGACUUUUAACCUGCUUAUGAGGCCAAAAAGAUCAUCAAUUCUUUGGAGAAAUUUAUGGUGA